AGAAGCGCGCGGGCGGGCUCAGCAAGACGAGUGUCAGGACGAAGCCUCUGCGUGGCAGCGCCCCCGCCUCCUUCCAGAAGCGACGCGGGCGGGCGAAUUCUUCUCUCUCAAAUCAGCUUCUCCUCCAGAAGAGGAAGCAGCAGCAGCAGCAGCAGGAGCCAUGGAGGAGGGGUAGCUGGAGCCCCGGCCUUCGCAGCAGCAGCAGCUGCUGCUCCUCCUCCUCCUUCUCCUCCUCCAUGGCCUUCAUGAUGAUGAGGAAGAAGAAGUUCAAGUUCCGCGUGGAGCUGGAGCUGGACGAGCUCUCCUCGGUGCCCUUCGUCAACGGGAUCCUCUUCUGCAAGGUCCGGCUCCUGGACAGAGGAGGAGCAGGAGGAGGGUUCAGCGGGGAGUCCUCCAGGGAAGUGGUGCAGGCAAACUGUGUUCAUUGGAAGAAGAGAUUUUCAUUCAUGUGUAAAAUGAGUGCAAAUACCACUACGGGGGUUUUGGAUCCUUGCAUCUGCAGAAUUUCUGUACGGAAGGAAUUAAAAGGUGGGAAGGCCUAUGCAAAGCUGGGUUUUGCAGACCUCAACCUGGCAGAGUUUGCUGGAUCAGGAAACACCACUCGCCGCUGUUUACUGGAAGGUUAUGAUACCAAAAACACAAGGCAGGACAAUUCAAUUCUCAAAGUUUUGAUCAAUAUGCAACUAAUGUCUGGGGAUCCAUGUUUUAAAACUCCUCCAUCCACAGGGAUGUCUAUAUCUAUUGCUGGAGAACCAGAAUCUCUGCAAGAAGACAGAAAAGGUGUAAAGAACACAACAUCAUCACAUCUAGCUAUAUCAGAUCUCUCAGCCAAGAGCCCCUCUAUCCCAGAUGAACUUGGAGCAUGUGGGCAUUCUAGGACUUCCAGUCAUGCAAGUCAGCAGUCAAGAGUGUCUGGAUAUAGCACCUGCCACUCAAGAUCAUCCAGUAUCUCUGAACUCUGCCAUAAAAGAAAUACCUCUGAGGGAAGUACAUCAACUGGUAUAAGUAGUAUUCUUGAACCAUGUGAAGAGACUGGAUUACAAAAAAGUGACAAUGUGGAGGUGAAAGAGGCAGCUCCAGAAAAAAUCAACAGACAUCCAGUGAAACAGGAUUCUGUGGAAUCACAGCUGAAAAGAGUUGAUGCUACCAGAGUUGACGCAGAUGAUGUUGUUGAAAAAAUACUUCAGAGUCAAGACUUCAGUUUGGACUCAAGUGCAGAAGAGGAAGGGCUGAGACUAUUUGUAGGUCCUGGAGGGAGUACUGCAUUUGGAAGUCAUCACUUACCUAACAGAGUUGGAUCAGGAGCAUAUGAACAAGUAGUGAUUAAACGGUAGAACUGAUGUAAAAUGAGAGAACUCGUGGAAUUCCAGCACUUGCUUGCUUCUCUACACUACUGAAGAUGGGCUCUUCUGAAAUGUCAGCUUACAUUGGCCUGAGUUUGGUAUCAUCACACUGAAAUGCCCUAUUCUGUACCUACCUGUGGUAUAUGGCAGUUUUCUUCUAGUUAUUUGCCAGCCAUUGUGGAUCUGUACAUGGGUUUGUUGCAUUAUUCUGUUUAAAGUGAAUCAUCAUUUGAGCAGAUAGAACAGAUGAUAUUUAGCUGAACAUAGUACGUUUACAUUAAUUGUCAGCAUAGAGAAACUCAUGCAAUAGUGUGCAUUGGUUCAGCUUCAUUUUCCUUAAGCCCCCAAGAAUCCGUUUUUAAACACUAUAAUUACCUUUUUAUAGUAAAGUGAUUUCUGUCAAGACAAAAUUAAUAUAAAAUCAAAUGUGCUGCUUCAAGAAAGUGACUGAGCUAACUAUGUUUGAAGAAGCUAAUAUGAAAUAUUUUUACAUACUGGUAAAACCUUAAGCUGAGCUGCAUGUGAGAAGGAGAAGUUUAACCACUUUAACUUAUGUGACUAGCUCUGGGUAAAUGUAAGUAUGAUACAUGCAUAUAUUGGUUUACUGUUUACAGUAUAGCAUUCAGUGUCAGCAAGAAUAUUGGGGCCCUUAGAAUUAACUUCGUGAAAUAACUUUGAACAUUUUAAGGUUGUCUUGACUGAUAUUUGGUCUAUACCAAAAACCAAAACUGCAUAAUAGGUGUUAACUGAAACCUCUGUCAUCACUGGACAAUUUGUAAUGAAGAGCUUGGUGAUACAGAGUAUCAAGUUGACUUAACAUUUGAAAGAGUGCCUUGUCCUGAGGAAUGUUCUGAACUAUCUUUUAUGAAGCUAAGAACAACCAGCAAAACAGUUAAUAUAAUUGCUAUUAAUUUAAGCUAUCCAAAGAAGCACUUUAUUUAGCUAUUUCCUUCACCCUUAUCUAAAAAUGAAGUUUUUUUUUCCUUUGAGGACUGCAUAUUCAGAUCCAAUUAAAUGAGGCACAUCUGUGGGCAAAUAAGAUAUUAUUUCUUAUAAGUAUACAUUGCAGUUAAAAGAUGUUUGGCCCCAUUUUCCUAGAAAUAUAUGCUCUAAUGUCUUCUAGAACCUUAUACACUGCAGAUGUAUAGUCAGUGCAUGAAGUAAGCAUCAUUUAAAGGUAAUGCCAGCUGUGUGGAACGUCCACAUGGGUGAAUGGUAUGCUAAGUCCCGUUUUAAACUGGGCCUAAUUUUUAUCCAUUAUCUCACUGAGCUGUUCUUAAGUUAGUACCCAAUGGAACUUUUGCCAAUAAACAUCCCUGGGAAAGUUGUGACUAGCGCAUUUGCACAAACGGAACAGUACAGUGUGUCUAUGCAACAACUGAAAUUGUAUUUUCUGACAGCUAAAGUAAUUCAUUUUAUUUUUGUAAAAAGGAUAUUAAAUUUGGGGUGUAUGUGAAAAGGCUAUAAAGUUGGACAUCUGGCUUCUGGUGUCACAGACUUUAGCUGCUAGAAAAAAUUUGAUUGAGAUUUCUGCUUUUUAACUGGUGUAUGCAAAACAUUUCAUAUUCUUAGUGGUUCCCAGGAAUCAGUGAGUGUUCUUGAAGAAAUAUGACUUAAGUCUUUUGCAAAAUGUUUUUUUAAAGCCUGAAUUAUUUUACAUAUAUAUUUAUAAAUUUUGUCUUAACUCCUUUUCUUUGAAUCAUACACAUGAAUUGUUCAAAUGAAAUCUAUUACUUCUUUAUUAUGGUACCAGAAAUAGCAUUGUUGCUGCUUUAUACAGCAUUUUAUCCAGUCUGAACUUGUUCUAAUUCAGUAUAAGCAGAGAUCUCAUUUUUAAAAGCUGCACAAAAAAAUGCACAUUUAUUUUGAACUAUACUUUGAGCUUGCUAUUGGAGUCUUUAAAAAGCCACUAAAAUAGUGUUUGAAUUUAUUGAAGGAUAUUCUAGUUCUGAAAAUUGUCAGUCCUGGAUAAUGGUACAUUUCAAGAAAUGCUGGCAUUGAGAAAAUACAAGGGAGAAAACAAUUGUUACAAGAUGUCUUAAUUGGUAUAAAAAUUAUUACAUUCACAUUACUCUUAUGUCCAUCAUGCUGAUAUGUUUUUCUUUAAAUUCCAUAUGCAAGUUCUAUUAAUUGCCUGAAUAACUAUCAUGCACUUUUGUCAACUGAACUGUUUCAAUGAAGUGAUUCCAAUCAUGUCCCUGAGACAUGGGAAAUGACCUUCAUAUUUAUGUAUGGCAUUAAUUUUGUGUAAACUGUACAGUGAUGUGCAAAAAUACUUUUUAGUAAGGUCAGUUUUUUUAGUAAGUAUUUAACAUACAAGGGGAUCUUACAAAUUCAAUAAAAGUUUUUGUCUUCAACCUC